AUACCCUUUAUUAAUGCAGAGAGAAACGAAGGAAUAUUAAUGCUUGAAUGGCUAAAACGAGGAAAAAAGAUUAGUAGUUUUAAGAGGUCUAGUGGAUGAGGACCUAAACUUAAAAAUACAUCAUUGAUGGACAAAUUAAAAGGUAAAAACACAACUUUUUUUAACGGAGGGAGUAAAAACUUUCUGAGUAUGAAAUUCUUUACAAUAGUUACAAUACAUUUGUGUGCACCCUUGGAUAAUUACCACUAAAUCAUUCACAUGAAAACCAUUAAUGAAAAGAAAAAAAAACAGGCUAUUCACUUGAAAAUUUUCACAUACUGUUUGGAGUCAGGCAGGCUCUGAUGUCUGAGCCACCUGAAAAGCCAAACCAGAUGGACUGAUGGACCAACUUCAUAUGACACACACAACUGGCAUACUGAUCCGAGUUCCAUAUAGGCAGGACAGUUCACGAGCAUGGCUGCUCAAAACUGUUGAGCUACUCUGCUUUGUAAAAAGGAAGAGACAGUUAAGUACAGGAGCAAGCAGUCUGAGGCUCUGCUCCACAUGAGUUCACUGUUCAGUGUUUAGGUCAGGGGGACCUGGCUACUACCAGUAGGAGAGUACUACAACCAUCUGAUUGCAACAUGAUUCAUGAAAAAUGAGGGAAAAAGGAAGGGGGGAAAAUGGAAAAAGAGGAUAGUAGUAGAGGGAAACUAUUCUAAUCCCUUGAGGGAUGUUCCCUCGUUUGCUUAAAAAUCAUUUAAACGGUUAUGAAAAAUUCUGAAAAAUUUUGACAAUAUUCAUGCAACACAUAUAUACAACUCUACAAAAUCUUAAGUUCAGACUCAACUCACACGUCGAGAUAUAAAAAAGACAAAUUCAACGUAUAAAUAGUAGCGUAAUGUUUAUAUCUAAAUUUGUCUUUUUUGUUUCUUGAUGUGUAGAUCGAAUUUGAACUUGACUUUUGGUGGAGUAAUAGGUAUCAUUAUACUCUACAUUGUCAAUUUUUUUUCAUAAUUUUUCACAACUAUUUGCAUUGAAUUUAGAAGAAAAAGAUAUACGAGGGGAUAUCCCCUCGAGGGAUUAGAAUCGACUCCCUAGUAGUAGAUGAUAGAAUGAUCCCCCUACAUCAUGAAAGGUGCUACUACAUCCAAUUAAAAAAAAGUGGACUUUUAGAUCCCUGAUAUCUGAUGAUUACAUAGUACAAUCAAACUUUUAAUGACUUCAAACACAAAUAUUGGCUAGUACCUCCGUCAAACAUAAUAUGAGGCAUGUCCAGAUUCAUUAUGUUAGGACAAGUCACAUCCUAGAUUGCUACAUUCUGAUAUGAAAAGAGUAGUAGCGUAGAUCCGUGACUUGAGAGCUCACAACAUGGCUCUACUUAUGAGGAUAGGAGGCAAGUUGUUAUCAGACUCAUCAGAACCAUGUUUUCAAUGGUUGCGCACGCAACACAUGGCAAAUGAGAUCCCUAUUAAAGCAAAACCAACAGAAACACCGAUUUGGAAGACAGUCUGUUCCGUUAUCGAGCCAGUUAUUGCCUCCACUAAGGUAACGAUUGGGAACGGCCAGCUAGUGCAGUUUUGGCGAGACCACUGGACAGCAGCAGGACGAUUCAACCUCAUAUAUCCGACACUAGCUUCCUACGCAACAAAUAUCAACUGUACAGUCUCCUCCCAACACACUAACGGUACCUGGACAAUUGUUCUACACCCGGUUCUCUCUUCCCGGGCUCAAACCGAGUUACAGUCCCUCAUGGAUAUAUUGUUGGAACAGCACAUACAACAGAAUGUCCCCGACAAAAGAACACUGCUGCUUGGUUCCACAGAUAUCACAACAUCAGCAAACUACAACUUGUUGACUUAUCAUGGCAUCCUUUGGCAGCCGGCAACACUUAUCUGGAACAAGGCUAUCCCCAACACUUGCAGGAUCUUUUUGUGGUUAGCGUUCCGAGACAGGCUCAACACCAAUGCAAACAGGGUUCUUAAAAAAUGGGAUUCCAACCCACACUGUAUGACCUGCCCAGCUAUUGAAACAUCAAAUCACAUCAUUCUUCGUUGCAAAUUAGCAGGGGAAGUCUGGAAGAAGCUCAACCUAUAUGAGACAGCCGUGCGCAGCUCUAACAUACAAGAUUUUGUGGAAUCAAUCCUGGACACCUUGCCAGAACACCAGAAACCGGGAUGGCCUGCAUGCUUUGCUGCUUGUUCGCACGGUCUCUGGAAAGCACGCAACCAGCUGAUCUUCAAGCUCACGGAAACAAGCGUUGCAUACAUCCUGCAUCGAAUCAGAGAAAGUCUCCAAUUAUGGGUUCAUCGCUUAAAGCCUAGCCUUCGCGAACACCUCAACACUUGGGCAGACAAGCUUAGCUAGGUUUCCUUUUUAUUCCUGUAUUUUUAUUUUUAUUUUUAUUCCUGUGUUUUGUUCUUUCUUCUUCCUUUUCUUCUCCUUUCCUUCUUUUUUUAUCUUUCUUUCUCUUUAUCCUUCCUCUCUGUUCCCCCCCCUGUAUAAUCUCUUGCCAGCCACUGGCUUUGUCACUUUU